CUGCCUUUCCCAUAACCCGUCGCAUUGGCCAUCCAUAUCAAAAUCGUACACCACCAAAGCGGAAAAAGCCCCGCACCUCUUUCACACGCAUUCAAGUGGCUGAACUGGAGAAACGUUUUCACAAGCAAAAAUAUUUGGCGUCCGCGGAACGAGCGGCAUUGGCGCGCGGCCUUAAAAUGACCGAUGCUCAAGUUAAAACCUGGUUCCAGAAUCGUCGCACGAAGUGGAGACGUCAAACGGCCGAGGAACGUGAAGCUGAACGUCAAGCGGCCAAUCGUCUAAUGUUAUCCCUGCAGGCAGAGGCAAUUAGCAAAGGAUUUGCUCCACCGCCAGCAGCGCCGCUUUCUACACAACAAGUGAAUGGCGCCCCUUUGGCGGCUCUCCAUGGACUUCAGCCCUGGGCUGAGACACAUGCGGCUGGCUGCUAAUCCUUUACAUUGCCGCGUACCGCCGCCGAAAUGUUAAUGGUGGACAAAAUGUGAAAGUGCAGUAAAGUUCAUUUGUGAUAUGCUUUGUACAUAUAGGAAAAUCUAAUACAUAACAUAACUACUUUAUACAACAAAAAAUAAAAAUAAAAAUAAUAAAAAAAAACGAAUUCAUCUCAAAUAUAUGUA